AUGACUUUAUCAAAGCCCGCGGACUCCCCUGGCAAUUCCUUCUACCCCAAUAGCCCACCCAUGCGGCGUCCAGGGCUGUCAUUUGUUUAUCGUCUAGAAUGCAACAUUGAUCCUGAGGAAAUUAACGUCGGGGCGCCUCAUGGGGCUGGAGUGGCGCGAAGUAUUGCGAAUAUUGUCGGCGGUAGCUUUAGAGGACCGUCGAUAUCAGGGAUAGUCCUUCCAGGCGGAGCAGACUGGGCAACGGUCAUUGAAGGGACCCACUCCAUGACUCUUGAUGCACAUUACACGAUAAAAACCGACGAUGGCUGUUAUCUUUACGUCCGAGCACAUGGUCUCUACCGUCCUGGCCCGGGCACAGAGUACGCGAACCAGGUCGAGAAGGACCCAGCCCUACGACCCCCUCCCACUGUGACCCAAGACGAUGUGGAGUUCUUUUCACACCUGCGAAUCGAAACCGGACCAGGAAAGUACAAUUGGUUGAACGGCUUAGUGUGUGUUGGAGUGAUGAGCUGUGAGAAUGAUCGCAUCCUGAUCGAUGCCUAUCACUUGACCAAUUUCGAGGGUUCUGAGCCAGAGGACGUGAUGGCACAGAUGACUGGAAUGACGGCAACAGAGAACAACUGGGAGGCCAAGGUGGCGGAGAAGCGCAAACAAUUGGAACUACAGAUUCCCCAAGCUUGGCGUUUGAAUGCCACAUUUUUAUCCAAGCUCCCAUCAAAUGGCCACCUCCUAGAGGUGGAUAUCCCACGCCACAGUGGACUCCUCACAGAGGAGGAGCUGGACAUCACAGAAGAGUACACUGCGACACAGCUGCUGCAAAAGCUUGCCUGGGGCGAGGUAACCUCGCUGGCAGUCACUACGGCUUUUUGCAAACGCGCAGCCAUAGCCCAGCAACUAACCUCAUGCUUGACAGAAUACUUUUUCGACAGAGCGCUUGAGCGUGCUCAAUACCUGGAUGAUUAUCUGAAGCGAGAAAAACGGGUCAUGGGCCCGUUACACGGCUUACCGAUCAGUCUCAAAGAUAGCUUCUGCGUCAAGGGCGUUCUGAGUACGGUGGGAUAUGUCUCAUUCUUAGAUAACUCGCCUGCAGAAACCAACUCUGCUCUGGUCGAUCUGCUGCUUGACUUAGGUGCAGUUCUUUAUGUCAAGACCAAUAUUCCGCAGACAAUGAUGACGGGCGAUUCAGACAAUAAUAUCUACGGUCGUACAUUAAACCCGCACAAUAUAAGCCUGACCGCCGGAGGCUCCUCCGGUGGUGAAGGAGCUCUCGUUGCCUUCCGGGGCUCGAUCCUCGGCAUCGGAACUGAUAUCGCAGGCUCAAUCAGAAUUCCGUCGCUGUGUUGCGGUGUUUAUGGAUUCAAACCCACCGCAGAUCGCAUUCCGUUCGGUGGACAGGUGUCCGGGGCAAUUGAGGGAGUCCCCGGCAUAAAGCCAGCGGCCGGACCACUGGCUCAGUCGUUGGAUGACAUUGAGAUGUUCAUGUCAACUGUGCUCAAAGCUGAGCCCUGGCGAUAUGACGUGACUGCAAUUGGGUCACCCUGGGUGACGACACUCAACUUGCCCUCAUUAUUAACGAUCGGAGUCCUCGGUGAAGAUCCUCAAUUCCCAAUUCAUCCUCCUGUCCGCCGCGCAAUGGAGUCAGCAAUCGCGGCACUAGGCAAGAAAGGACACAGAAUAGUGCGCCUGGAACAUGACCCUUCACGGGGCGUGGCAUAUGCGAGUCGUCUAGCCUUUCAGUAUUUCACGUAUGGGCCACAUAUCGAUCAUAUCGAAGCCAGUGGGGAGCCGUUGGUGGCAUCAGUGGCAAAGUUAGCUAAUCCAAUGUUCACUGGGCCAUUUCCUGUGGAUCAGGAAGGAGCCUUUGAGAAAAUUGAGGCACUCUAUAACGCACGAAAGGAUUAUGCUGAAGCAUGGCGCAGGACAUGGGUCCAAUACGGCAUAGAUGUUCUUCUAACACCUGGAGCCCAGAAUACGGCCACGCCGCACGACACAUAUGGAUGGCCACCGUACACGGUCAUCUGGAACCUUCUGGAUUAUCCUGCAUGCAUUGUGCCGUACAGCAAAGCUUCGAAGGUGCUUGAUCCAGAUCCUAUGCCAGUACAUGAUGGAGUUCAGCCGAGCUAUGAACCUGACUCCGUUGAUGGAGCCCCAUGUGCUCUUCAAAUCGUAACGCCCCGGCACCAAGAUGAGAAAUGCCUUCUCUUUUCCAGGCUGAUCGACAGAGACAUCCGUUAA